AUGCACCAGAUUUACAGCUGCAGCGAUGAAAAUUUAGAAGUUUUCACCGUGAUUUCUUCCAAAUCAUGUAGUCCUGCCCGGAGACGAGCCAAAGCUACGCAGCACAUCCUAGCGAAGAGUGUGGUAGCCAUAUCGGACCGCCGGCCCCACCAGGGCGACCUCCUGCAUGUGCUGUACGAGGCCCGGGGCGAGGAGGAGGCGCGGGGCGCGGGCUGCCUGCAGGCCGGGCAGCGGGGAGCCUGCCCCGCCAAGGGCGCUGCCCAGCACGUGGGAAUUACUGAACAAGAGUCAUCCAAGUCCUAUAAUCAUCUGUUGGAUGGAAAAUCUUUGGUGCAUCCGUCUCCAGUUGCCCAUAUCACGGUGAAAGCUGUGGCUGUCACAGGCUCGCCCACACGCGACCGCACUUCUACGGAAGACCACAGGCAGCGCUGGAGGAAGACAACAGAGUAUGACCUGGCCCUGCCACCAGGAGCAGAAGCUUCCCUACCACUGACAGGAGGCAGCCUGUGCGGGACACCCAGCCUCCUGAGGAAGAUGUGGAUGAAGCACAAGAAGAAGUCAGAGUACCUGGGGGCAACAAACAGUGCCUUUGAGGCGGACUGA